GCCCUUCUACAUAAACCCCCCAUUUUCGAUAUUACUUCAUCUCUGAAUAUCGUUUUCGAGUAGGCUUACCGAUUCAUUGUCAUGCCGGAGCCUGCGAAGUCUGCGCCCAAGAAGGGCUCGAAGAAGGCCGUUACUAAAACUGCUGGAAAAGGUGGAAAGAAACGCAAAAGGACAAGGAGGGAGAGUUACGCAAUCUACGUGUACAAGGUCCUGAAGCAGGUCCACCCUGACACCGGUAUCUCCUCUAAGGCGAUGGGCAUCAUGAACUCGUUCGUGAACGACAUCUUCGAGCGCAUCGCUGGAGAGGCUUCCCGCUUGGCUCACUACAACAAGAGGUCCACCAUCACCUCCAGGGAGAUCCAGACCGCAGUACGUCUGCUUCUGCCCGGUGAGCUGGCCAAGCACGCCGUGUCCGAGGGAACGAAGGCCGUCACAAAGUACACUAGCUCUAAGUAAACAGCAAUUCCAUUCUUUCACCACACCAAAAGGCUCUUCUAAGGGCCACCCAACAUCUUAAAAAGCAAGUGUUAAAAAAAGAGAAAAAAAAACGACCUCGUGCUUUCAUGGACUAGUGAUGCCCUUUUUUUUAACGCUCAUUGAGUUUCUUAUUUAAAUGUGUUGACAUUAAAAUUAUAUAUAAUUAAUGUUGCCAAUACAGUUCCACAUGAGCAUAGCCUCUUCAAAGUAUACUGUACUCCUUUGUAUACUGCUAAAAUAGCACGUUACGUAAGCAGAAGCUUAACUGUAUGAGGAUACUGCAUAAGAAAAACACAGGUGCAAGUGACAUGUUUUGCAAUGCAGGUGUCCACACCUUCCAGGCAUUACUGACAAGUCUGAUGUAUAGCCUACAUUAUUUUGUCGCCCUGAACGUCUUCCUGAACCUUAUCAUGCUGCUGGCAAAUCCUAGGAUUAGUUCAAAAUACGACACCAGUCUUCACUGUAGAAACACUGGUGUAAUUGUUUUAUAGAAGUGCAAGGUGUUUAUCUUCUGUCUUUCCUUUCUUUAUCUAUUUAUUCGUGUCUUUGUGAUGUAUGCUGUAUGUCAUGACUUUGUGGUCUGUGACGUCUGAACGGAAACCUGAGUCUGGCAAUAAAGUUGAUUAGUGCUCA